AUGUCAUCAUCACCAUUAAGUGAAGAUGAUCCAUUAGGACCACCAACGAAUACUCAGCAUUUAGACUUAUCCAAGUUAUCCCCUGAAGAAUUGACUAUAUUUAAAAGAUAUGGGAAAUUGCCCACAACUCAACAGAUCCUUUCCAAUAAGUUUCGAGAAAAGAAAUAUUUCGACAGUGGAGAUUAUGCUAUGCAAAAGCAAAGUGGUAAUAAGAAUAAUCAAAUGUUUCCUGGUGUUGGGGUACCUUUAAGACAUCCCAAUGCUGAAAAAGUCAAAGAAAUGUCGAAUAGAAAUAGUAUCAGUGCUAGUAACGCUGGUUUCUUGUUUAACGGUAAAUCUAGUUUAUUAAAUGAAUCUACGCCUGAUAAGGCAGAACAGCAAAGUGAACAACCUAAUAACAAUCAAUAG